AAGAUCCUGGAGCUACAGCCGCCAUCGCCAUCGACCACCACAUCGACCACAACCUCAACAGUUCACGACCACAACCGGGAAGACGACGAAAACGGGAGUGUUUUGGAGUCACUCAGCGGUGACGCGACCUUUUAUGGUACGGGUGUUUGUCAACCAAUGCUGAGGAGUGCCAGUGAAGAGGCCCUUCCCAGUCCAAAGACAAUAUCGAGGUUUACCGUAACCCUCGUCCACAAAGAGACCAAAGAGACCAAAGAGUCCAAAGACAACACACACCACAAGGAGACCACCCCUUCCCCCACCACUCCAACCACACCAACCACUCCCACGCAAUCCAAACACAAAGACCACAAGAAGGCUAAGAAGAAGAGCAAGAAAAAGUAUCCGGAAUAUAAAGUGUGA